AUGGAAACAAUAAAUGAAAUCAGAGCCUCUGGUCUCUCCUCAGACCGGUCCUUCUCACAGACACACAGCCUACAGACGGUCCGAGCCUCUGGUCUCUCCUCAGACCGGUCCUUCUCACAGACACAGCCUACAGACGGUCCGAGCCUCUGGUCUCUCCUCAGACCGGUCCUUCUCACAGACACACAGCCUACAGACGGUCCGAGCCUCUGGUCUCUCCUCAGACCGGUCCUUCUCACAGACACAGCCUACAGACGGUCCGAGCCCCUGGUCUCUCCUCAGACCGGUCCUUCUCACAGACACACAGCCUACAGACGGUCCGAGCCUCUGGUCUCUCCUCAGACCGGUCCUUCUCACAGACACACAGCCUACAGACGGUCCGAGCCUCUGGUCUCUCCUCAGACCGGUCCUUCUCACAGACACACAGCCUACAGACGGUCCGAGCCUCUGGUCUCUCCUCAGACCGGUCCUUCUCACAGACACACAGCCUACAGACGGUCCGAGCCUCUGGUCUCUCCUCAGACCGGUCCUUCUCACAGACACACAGCCUACAGACGGUCCGAGCCCCUGGUCUCUCCUCAGACCGGUCCUUCUCACAGACACACAGCCUACAGACGGUCCGAGCCUCUGGUCUCUCCUCAGACCGGUCCUUCUCACAGACACACAGCCUACAGACGGUCCGAGCCCCUGGUCUCUCCUCAGACCGGUCCUUCUCACAGACACACAGCCUACAGACGGUCCGAGCCCCUGGUCUCUCCUCAGACCGGUCCUUCUCACAGACACACAGCCUACAGACGGUCCGAGCCCCUGGUCUCUCCUCAGACCGGUCCGUCUCACAGACACACAGCCUACAGACGGUCCGAGCCCCUGGUCUCUCCUCAGACCGGUCCUUCUCACAGACACACAGCCUACAGACGGUCCGAGCCUCUGGUCUCUCCUCAGACCGGUCCUUCUCACAGACACACAGCCUACAGACGGUCCGAGCCUCUGGUCUCUCCUCAGACCGGUCCUUCUCACAGACACACAGCCUACAGACGGUCCGAGCCCCUGGUCUCUCCUCAGACCGGUCCUUCUCACAGACACACAGCCUACAGACGGUCCGAGCCUCUGGUCUCUCCUCAGACCGGUCCUUCUCACAGACACACAGCCUACAGACGGUCCGAGCCUCUGGUCUCUCCUCAGACCGGUCCUUCUCACAGACACACAGCCUACAGACGGCCCGAGCCCCUGGUCUCUCCUCAGACCGGUCCGUCUCACAGACACACAGCCUACAGACGGUCUGAGCCUCUGGUCUCUCCUCAGACCGGUCCGUCUCACAGACACACAGCCUACAGACGGUCCGAGCCCCUGGUCUCUCCUCAGACCGGUCCUUCUCACAGACACACAGCCUACAGACGGUCCGAGCCCCUGGUCUCUCCUCAGACCGGUCCUUCUCACAGACACACAGCCUACAGACGGUCCGAGCCUCUGGUCUCUCCUCAGACCGGUCCUUCUCACAGACACACAGCCUACAGACGGUCCGAGCCUCUGGUCUCUCCUCAGACCGGUCCUUCUCACAGACACACAGCCUACAGACGGUCCGAGCCUCUGGUCUCUCCUCAGACCGGUCCUUCUCACAGACACACAGCCUACAGACGGUCCGAGCCUCUGGUCUCUCCUCAGACCGGUCCGUCUUCACAGACACACAGCCUACAGACGGUCCGAGCCUCUGGUCUCUCCUCAGACCGGUCCUUCUCACAGACACACAGCCUACAGACGGUCCGAGCCCCUGGUCUCUCCUCAGACCGGUCCGUCUCACAGACACACAGCCUACAGACGGUCCGAGCCCCUGGUCUCUUUUCAGACCGGUCCUUCUCACAGACACACAGCCUACAGACGGUCCGGGCCUCUGGUCUCUCCUCAGACCGGUCCUUCUCACAGACACACAGCCUACAGACGGUCCGAGCCCCUGGUCUCUCCUCAGACCGGUCCUUCUCACAGACACACAGCCUACAGACGGCCCGAGCCCCUGGUCUCUCCUCAGACCGGUCCGUCUCACAGACACACAGCCUACAGACGGUCCGAGCCCCUGGUCUCUCCUCAGACCGGUCCGUCUCACAGACACACAGCCUACAGACGGUCCGAGCCUCUGGUCUCUCCUCAGACCGGUCCUUCUCACAGACACACAGCCUACAGACGGUCCGAGCCUCUGGUCUCUCCUCAGACCGGUCCUUCUCACAGACACACAGCCUACAGACGGUCCGAGCCCCUGGUCUCUUUUCAGACCGGUCCUUCUCACAGACACACAGCCUACAGACGGUCCGAGCCUCUGGUCUCUCCUCAGACCGGUCCGUCUCACAGACACACAGCCUACAGACGGUCCGAGCCUCUGGUCUCUCCUCAGACCGGUCCUUCUCACAGACACACAGCCUACAGACGGUCCGAGCCUCUGGUCUCUCCUCAGACCGGUCCGUCUCACAGACACACAGCCUACAGACGGUCCGAGCCCCUGGUCUCUUUUCAGACCGGUCCUUCUCACAGACACACAGCCUACAGACGGUCCGGGCCUCUGGUCUCUCCUCAGACCGGUCCUUCUCACAGACACACAGCCUACAGACGGUCCGAGCCCCUGGUCUCUCCUCAGACCGGUCCUUCUCACAGACACACAGCCUACAGACGGCCCGAGCCCCUGGUCUCUCCUCAGACCGGUCCGUCUCACAGACACACAGCCUACAGACGGUCCGAGCCCCUGGUCUCUCCUCAGACCGGUCCGUCUCACAGACACACAGCCUACAGACGGUCCGAGCCUCUGGUCUCUCCUCAGACCGGUCCUUCUCACAGACACACAGCCUACAGACGGUCCGAGCCUCUGGUCUCUCCUCAGACCGGUCCUUCUCACAGACACACAGCCUACAGACGGUCCGAGCCCCUGGUCUCUUUUCAGACCGGUCCUUCUCACAGACACACAGCCUACAGACGGUCCGAGCCUCUGGUCUCUCCUCAGACCGGUCCUUCUCACAGACACACAGCCUACAGACGGUCCGAGCCUCUGGUCUCUCCUCAGACCGGUCCUUCUCACAGACACACAGCCUACAGACGGUCCGAGCCUCUGGUCUCUCCUCAGACCGGUCCUUCUCACAGACACAUAGCCUAAAGACGGUCCGAGCCUCUGGUCUCUCCUCAGACCGGUCCUUCUCACAGACACACAGCCUACAGACGGUCCGGGCCUCUGGUCUCUCCUCAGACCGGUCCUUCUCACAGACACACAGCCUAAAGACGGUCCGGGCCUCUGGUCUCUCCUCAGACCGGUCCUUCUCACAGACACACAGCCUAAAGACGGUCCGAGCCUCUGGUCUCUCCUCAGACCGGUGCUGCACUGACACAUGA